AUGGCAAACACCGAAGACAAAGAUGAGAUACGCGAUCAAAUCACCCAGCAGCUCUCUCAAACUCCGUUCGCAUGCUCCUCUCUCACGCGCCUAUCUGGCGGCACCGCCAAUUUCGUCUACAGGGGUACACCCUCGUCUCCGGAUUCAAUCAUCAUUAAGCAUACCAAGGACUAUGUGGCCUCCAACCAGGAUUUCAAGCUCGAUGCAAAGCGAUGUCACUUCGAAGAAGCCAUCCUUCAAGCACUCGACGGUCUACCGUCCCACUCCCAGGGAAAUAUCACUGUGAAAACGCCCCGUGUAUUUAAUUUUGAUCGAGAAAGAAACACGCAGAUAUUGGAAGAUUUGCCUAAUUCACUGGAUCUGAAGAACUUUCUUCUCUCGGGUUGGUGCCGUGACGUGUCGGCGUCUUCAGGGCGAUUGCUCGGUCGGUCGCUUGGAUGUUGGCUGAAGUCAUUCCAUGACUGGGCGAGGAAAGGCGAGCAGGCAGAAAUCCGAUCUUUCCUUGCCCAGAAUGAAUCGAUGAAAGGAUUGAAGUUUUACGUCAACUACUCCAUGCUGAUGGACACGAUUGCGAACUUCCCAGGUGUUCUGGAAGAGAGUCGGGAUGUUUUUGAGGAAGUGAAAACUUUCGCUGCAGCGGAGAUGAAGGAACGCGAUCAUGAAGAUGGAUUUGGAAUCAUUCAUGGUGAUUUCUGGACCGGGAAUGUUCUUAUUCCCAAUGUUCCACUCGUUGAACAGUCUGAUACUACCCUCUUUAUCAUUGACUGGGAACUAUGCCAGAUCGGGACCCGAGCUCUGGAUCUGGGACAAAUGAUUGCUGAGUUGUAUGAAACGAAGCUCUUCAAGAAUGUGGACUGCGGUGUGUGGGCCAUUCAAGGCUUCUUGGAGGGCUAUGGACCUCUUAGCGAUGAUAUGGCCUUCAGAACUGCCAUUCAUGUGGGCGUCCACCUGGUUGUCUGGGGCAGUCGGGUCGCUGGUUGGGGUAGCGAGGAAAAAAUCGAGGAGGUUGUGAAGGUCGGCAGGGAUCUGAUUGUGCAAGGAUGGGGAAAGAACAAAGAGUGGUUUGAGAGGCAUGAUUUGGAGUGUCUCUUCAAGCAAUGA